AUGCCUUUCACUCUGUACGAUGCCACCAUUGGCACGACCAAGAGCGCCAUCGACUCGCUCUCCAAUGUCAUCUCUAUUGCCGAGAAGCAGCCCAACGCGGAGAGCUUCCUCAGUGCCUCGAUCCACCCGGACAUGAAGCCCCUGACCUUUCAGGUCCACGUUAUCACCGCAUUUACAGAGCGCAUGGUCGCCCGCCUGCUCCUUCGUGACCCCAAGGAGCUCCAGAAUGAUAUCACCACGUACGCCGACAUCCACGCGCGUCUUGAUGCUGCCACCAAGACUCUUGAGGGCGUCGACAAGGAAACCGUCAAUACCAAGGGUGAGACCGUUGCCCCCACAAAGAUCGGUCCUACCGACGAGUUCAACAUCUCCGGUGCUGCCUGGUCGAAUGCAGUUGCUCUUCCCAACAUCUACUUCCACCUCGUCACCGCCUACGACAUCCUACGCAAGGAGGGCGUUCCCCUCGGCAAGCUCGACUACCUCAAAUCUUUCGUCGUCCCCGUUGUCACUUCGGUCUAG